ACAUACAAGAUUGAGACCCUUCCACCUAGCUCUAAACUUUUAUUUACAUACAAGAUUGAGUCCCUUCCACCUAGCUCUAAACUUUUACUUACAUACAAGAUUGAGCUCCUUCCUCCUAGCACUAAACUUUUACUUACAUACAAGAUUGAGCCCCUUCCACCUAGCUCUAAACUUUUACUUACAUACAAGAUUGAGCUCCUUCCUCCUAGCACUAAACUUUUACUUACAUACAAGAUUGAGCCCCUUCCACCUAGCUCUAAACUUUUACUUACAUACAAGAUUGAGCUCCUUCCUCCUAGCUCUAAACUUUUACUUACAUACAAGAUUGAGCUUCUUCCAUCUAGCUCUAAACUUUUACUUACAUACAAGAUUGGGCUCCUUCCUCCUAGCUCUAAACUUUUAUUUACAUACAAGAUUGAACCCCUUCCACCUAGCUCUAAACUUUUACUUACAUACAAGAUUGAGUCCCUUCCACCUAGCUCUAAACUUUUACAUACAUACAAGAUUGAGCUUCUUCCAUCUAGCUCUAAACUUUUACUUACAUACAAGAUUGGGCUCCUUCCUCCUAGCUCUAAACUUUUACUUACAUACAAGAUUGAGCCCCUUCCACCUAGCUCUAAACUUUUACUUAUAUACAAGAUUGAGUCCCUUCCACCUAGCUCUAAACUUUUACUUACAUACAAGAUUGAGCUCUUCCAACUAGCUCUAAACUUUUACUUGCAUACCAGAUUGAGCUCUUCCAACUAG